AUGCAUUGCAUUUGUACAGUUCCGGCAUAUAAAUUGGGUGCACCUGUCCUAUCUAUUGUAGUACAGCUACAAAACUUUCCCGCAAGUCCCAUGACAGAUGACGUCACCAGGAAUGCAGGGCAGUGGUGGAUUGACCUGGAAAACGAGAGAGAAAAAUAAAUUCUGUGACUAACAAUAACGAGAGAUUGAUUGCGGGGAUUAACUGUCGGGUCUCGAAAUCAUUUAUUUCAGCCGCAAUGUCUGUGCUAUUUUGUUGCCGCUGUGUUUUUCCUUCUGAAGACACCGACGAGAGACAGCCCCUACUGCACCCCAAGCUUCCAGAAUCAGAGAAGCCAGUGUCGGCCAGACAGCCUCGACCAGCACCCACAGUGAGUCGGAGUGGUCAGUUGGUCCCGAAGCGUGUGGGUGUGAAGGACUUGGACCAGCGGUUCUCUGAUGUGACCGAAACGUUCAACCAGCAGCAUGAGAGCUAUAAUGUCAUGAAGGAACGCAUCAUAUCUCUCCGCCGCACUUACAACUGUAACAAUGACAGCACCCUGACUCUGACCGAGUGUGUGAGGAAGAUCAAGGAGGAGUACAAGGACAGCUACAGGGUAACCGUGAUGAUAAAGGGGUAUGACUUCUCUCUCUCUGUGGUUCCGCUGAGGUCUGUGGAUGAGGGAGAAAAGUCUCUGCCUCGCCUACUCCGGUUGGCUCAGGAUGAGCUCAGGGGCUUUUCCCAGGGCGCCAUAGCAAUAGUCGCUGCCGGGACCAAGCUCCAGGUGCUGAUAGACUGGCUGCUUAGUCGGGGGGAGCGAAUGGCGGAGCAGGUCAGGGAGGUGGCACCAACUCAUCAGGACCACUGUAGGCUGGAGGAGAACCUGAUUGAGACCAUGCAGGAAGUGAGAAGGGUGAGGGAGCUUUCGCUAGGGUACUGCCAGCAGGCUAGAGAGAUCCAAACUGAGGCCGCACAGAUAGCAGGGCUGGCCUGACACACACAUACAGACACACUCUGGUAACACUGAAUUUAUAAAUGUCACAUUUAAAUCUUAUGGGAAUUAAUUUAGGCUAUUUUUACUAUCAUGUAAAAGCACACUAUAGACCUACACUGUUACACAACACACUAGAUAGUAUUUCAGUAUUAUAUAGUGAGUAUGUCUAUAAACAUGUUAGAGAAAUUAGCUGUGAUAUAUCCUAAUGUAUUCUGGACAGGAAUUCCUCAUCUAAAUCCUAAUCUAAUCAAACACUGUGUUGAUUAAACCACUGUCAAUGUUAGAGAUCAUGUUAGUGUUUUUUCUAUGUUAAUACUGUAUGUUAUUGUAUUUUAUAACAAAUUAAAACUGCAAACUUG